CUGCACGCUAGCUGCUUGCAGGCUUGUUGAAUUCUCCUGUGCCAAAGUUGAAGCCAUGACCUUGCAGCUGGCAAGGCCGACGAGUCACGACUGUUUGAACGGUGCCAGGGAAUGCCUGGGGGAAAGGGACGGCAUGGAGUUGUACAAGAGGGUUCACCUGGCACUGUAAGCUGGCAACUGCCUCAUACUCGAGGAGGGACGGAUGCGAGCUCGGGCCAAGGAGCUGCAGAUUUAGACUUGUGAUCUCGAUCGAUCUGAAAUCGCAUCGACGUCUCGUGUAUUUUUGCAGUGGAUAUCGGGUGAGUUGUGGGCAACUGCAGGAACAUUUGCAGAGGUGGUUUUGCACACAAGUCGGCGAUGAAUGCUGAUUAAAGUCCGGUAGUGACGUUUCAGUAGCAUUCGACAGUUUCCGUAUGGACACUCUACCGCAAGGGAUCUAGUCCCUGGGACAGCAGGGGCUAGAUCAAACCCUCUCCAAUGGCUUUUCAUGAGACCUCCUCCUAUGCUCUCAGCCAACUUUCACCUGAAUCUGGGCCGCGCGCGAGCUUUGAGCACGCUAGUGUUGAGCAAGCAUGUGCAAGCACGCAAGCCUCCUCGGUGUGUCAUCCAUGUGGGAUGGAGGUGGUAAGAUCUGUGCCAGUGUACAGCCGCCAUGUGUUCCUGGCAUUUAAGCAGCCCCGGGAAUGGCCGAGUGGCAAAUUGGGGUCGGUAGAAGCAGAGCGACUCCCUAGGCUGUUAGCUGCAACUAUCAAGGAGGCCGCACACCGGUUGGGGGGCCGUGUGCAGUUGACAGUUUGUGAGGCGGAUGACGAGUCAGAUGGAGACGCCCUCGUUUUUCCUGACAUGAAGAGAUACAAAGCCCUCACUGUGCACGACCUGGCGCUGUUAGUGGACGAGGUGCUGGUCUCAGGACGGGAGCGCUUCCUCUCCAGCGAACCCCUUCCUGGAGUGCAGCUCUUCGUCUGCUGUGACCCUAGCCGGGGGGGCAGAUGUGCUCAAGUGGGGACCCCCCUGCUUGCUGCUCUGCGUGCCGGCGUGCAGAGCCGGGGCUGGACCGAACAGGUAGCGGUGAGGGCAUGCAGUCAUGCGGGAUGCAAAGGCGAUGCGGCGCGGGUGCUCGUCUUCUCCAGCCGGGGGGACUGCUCGGUUGGCCACUGGUACGGUGGAGUGGGCCUCGCAGACGUGGCGGCCCUCCUAGACGAACACAUCGGCGCAGGUCGCAUAGUUGAGCACAUAUGGCGCGGUCAGAUGGCCCCCCCUCAGGGCCAACCCCGCCCGCAGCCCGCUCCUUUCCCGGGCGCUUCCCCGCCACCGCAGCUCACGAGCGCUGCAGGGUUUGGCAUGCAGAAAGAGGCAGAGGUGCUGUCUGGGGGCCAGGGGCAGCAGCGAGCGGCCUCCCCCGGGGGGAGCGAUGGAGAGGUCGAUGAGAGCGUGCUGGGGUACAGCAUGACUGCAUCUGAGAGCAGUGAGGAGGGGCUUUUCUCUCCACAGGGGGGGGCCGAUGCCAGCGCUGGAAAGCAGGGGGGGCGGUCUGUGGGUGCCUCGUUUGGGAGCGGGCGGUUCUCCGUAGAGAGCACGGGGGGCGCAACGUUGAUGGAGCUAGCACGCAGUGAGAGCAAAGGCGGGGACAUUAGCGAGGAGACGCGCGGCGUGCUUGGUUCUUUGCCGGAUGUACAUAUUGAGGGUGAGGGCGGGAUAACGGGGAUGCUAAAUAGCCAGGAGGGGCAGCUAUCUGAGUGCAAGCCGUCAAAAGAGGAGUCAAGGAACCAGGCAGGUUCGGUGAGAGGCUUGAAUGACGGCCUGAGCAAGUCAAACGAGGCGGUGUGGUUUUCGUUUUAUCCUUCUGGGGGAUUCCGCUUUGAUGCGAAGGUACAGUUCGGCGUGAGUUUGGCAGCCAUAGCGGCCACAGUGGGCUUCCAGCUUGCUAGGCAGCACUAAUAUGCACAGGCUAGCAUAUGCAGAGGCGUAGAUGCAGAAGCACAUUUGCGUGCGACGGCGUCGAGAUCGGUUGUAGAUGCAUGCGAGGGCUCCCAUGCGGGGGUAUGCUUUGUCACGAGGCACAUGCAUGAGGGCUGUUGGGCAGCUACGGAAGGCUUGUAAAUAAUUUGAGUCUCGAUCGAGAUGUUAGUAUCUUAGAAUGUCGCAACACUAUUGAGUGAUCGCCUAGGAGUUUUGUAGGUUGGUCGUGUUUUGCCGAUAGACGGACAGUGUGUAUGGUUCCCUUGCUGAUCCUGGCUAGGCCCAUAAAGCGGACAUAUAAAAUGCCUAAUGAGCAGUAACGAAUCACCAUUUAUGAGGACAUGGCUCAAGUUUUCGUACAGGAUAAGGUAAAUUUGGAUUUUUGAUGCGCAGAGAUAUAUAGAGUAGGGUAUUUAAGGAAGCACUCGGUCAGAUACAGAGUUCUGUGUCAAAGCGUUAGGCAAGUGUAGCUUACAAGGACCACUCUUUUCCAACGCCCAACUUCUGAUUUGUUAAGUUGGACUGUUGUUGCCAGUUGGCCCGCGUGGAUGAUUUUGCAUG